UCAGUUCAUUAGCAGCGUAUCUUGGUGCCUGCAUCAAAAAAAUGUCCUAUCUACAAAUCAGGCUACAGCCUACAGAAGGCCAAGAUGCACCAAGUAUGUAUUCUUCAGCAGACACAGACGGGAAUGAGACAAUGACGGAGGUUGAUGAUGGUGAGGGCUGCAGAAGAGGCAACCAUCUAGUUCAGACUGAAUUUAGUUCAGAAGAGUUUGGCCAGAAUGCUGUAGAUUAUGCAACGCCACGCAAUGAAGCGGACGUGGAUGAUGUUGAAGACGCUUGGCAACAUGUUGACGGUGGUAGGUUCACCAAUCAGGAUGACCCAUUCGAUAACAAUGAGACUGUACAUCAUCAGUCACAACUACAUACAGAAAGUCCGCAGUUCUACCCACAGCACCAAGCCAUUGUACCUAUGAAUAACCCAAGUAAUUUCUACACAAUGCAAGAUGAUGAGAAUGUAUUCAUAGAGAAAGAUACCAUGCAAGAUUUAAGUUAUGCACAGCCAGAUACCCGUAAUUACCAAGAGUAUAUUGGACAAAAUUAUAUUGGGGAGGUUGCCAGGGAAACCAAUGUCAUGCAACAGGAAAUGAUAGGUGAGGUGUGGACAAAUAAUUUGGAUCGUACAGGAGAAGUAUUGGCAAAUAGAGCAUCAUCUGGACAAAUGAUCAAUGUUUGGUUACAACAGGAAGCAGAUGAUUCAAGAAAUUCUGAAGUAGGUGGUAAUACUGUGCAGUUAGCGACUGAUCCGUGUCAAUUAAACUACUACCAGCCAACGAUAGACUACACACAAGGUAUACCAAGUAGCAAUAUGAGUGAAUUAGAUGAUGAAAUACAAGCUCCAAUGGAUUUUGAAAUGGAAAAUACACCGGCAACAAUUGAGGGUGAGACAGAAACACAAGCUAACUAUGAUUCAAGUGCAGAGAAAUCAAUAUGUCAGUGCCAUGCAUCAGUGAUGGUGUACGAUGACGCAAAUAAGAAAUGGCAGCCGUCUGGAGGGGUGCAAGGGAUGGCUAGGGUCCUCAUCUAUCACCACCAGAUGAACCAUUCUUUCCGAGUGGUUGGCAGGCUCAUCUCUGAUUCUUCAGUUGUUAUUAACUGUGCAAUCGUUAAAGGCCUGAAGUACAACCAAGCCACACCUAUCUUCCAUCAAUGGCGAGACAGUCGGCAGGUAUAUGGCCUCAAUUUCCAAAGUCCUGAGGAUGCUGACAGUUUUGCUAAAGCCAUGAAAACGUCUUUAGAUAUGCUGAACGCACCAGCUCGUCCACCACCUGCUCACCCACCAGCUCCUCCACCUAGUCAUCCCCCAACUCAACGUCACAAUGGACCAGUGGCCAAUAACACAAAUGAACCAAGUCGACAAUUUGAACAACCAAGAAAGUUCCAAGAACCACCGCAGCAGCGUUUUAAUCAACCAGCCCCACAGGUAGAACGGCAAAGGUCAGGUGAAUUGGAGCCUCAACAUGAGGUCAAUGGAUACAGCGGAAGAGGGACUGGUAGACCAGAUACUUCUACCUCAAUUGGAGUUUCAUCCGGUCCAAUGACAGGUGCCCCAUCCGGUCCACCAGCUCCUCCAACAGUAGCACCCCCAGCACCACCUCCAGCUCCCCCGGCACCACCAACAGGCGGUCCUCCAGUACCACCUGCUGCUCCUCCAUCAGUUCCAGUUGGUGGCCCACCAGCUGCCCCCCCAGCACCACCACCACCUCCAGUUGGCGGCCCACCAGCAGCCCCACCACCACCAGGUGGUGCUCCACCACCUUCUGGUGGUGCUCCACCUCCGCCUCCUGGCCCACCACCACCACCAUCUGGACCGGGAAUGUCAUUAAUGGAUCAGAUUGCAAGUGCAAAACUGAAAAAGAAGGAGGUACCUGCAAAUGAGCCAGCAAAGCCUGCUUUUGGAGGGGGCAUGGGCAAUAUGAUGUCCGACUUGGAAGCGAAGCUAAAACUUCGCCGUAGUAAACAGCAGGAUAGUGGAACACCGGCUGCGGCGGCUGCAGCACCUCCCGUGACUGCUGAGAAGACUGUGAGAACAGAAGCCAAGAAACCAUGGGAGAAGAGCAACAAGUUUGGAACAAAAAAUGAUUCUCCUAACACACCACCAUCAUCUUCACCAAAAAUUGGACGAAAGGGGUCAAUAGGCGCCUCAAGUGGUCUGUCGAAUGGAUUGAAUGGAGAUCUUGAAAAGUUAAAAACUGAGAUCGUUGCUGAGAUGAAGAAGGAAAUACAGAAAGUGAAGGAAGAAAUUCUUGAAGUUAUCAGACAGGAAUUAAGCAAGUGAUGAGAAGAUGAUGACAUCAUCAGUUGCAAAGGUCAUCACCAAUCAACAUGUUUUCCAUUGGUCACAUGACUAUGAUUGCACUGAUUGGAUGCCUUAUCAUGUAAUUGAAAUUGUAAUCAUUCCUUCUUAAUUGGUAUUAUAAUUGGGGUGUAAGGGGUGGGAGGGGGGUUGGUUUUUUUUUUUUAAUUACAAGAUCAAAUCUGAAGUUUGUGAAGGAAAGAGAGGACAGGUGAAAUUGUUGUAUAUAAAACAGAGAAGAGGGACAACUUUAUAUGUCUGCUCUCUCCAAAUUGAGCCAGUGUCGACUGCCAGAUUGUGUUUGAGUAAAAGUCCUGAAUGGUACCAAAUAGCUCAUACAAUUAGUAGAUUAAAUGUAAAUAGAAUUUAGAUACCAAGUUUUUUCCAUACAUUUGACACAUUUUUAAGGGAUAGAUGAUAAUUGUAAACCUUUUUGAUGGUUUACACUACUAAAGUUAGAGUGUUUCUUCCUAAAAUGCUUAGUUGAUGAUUGUUUUUUUCUCACAAUAUGUUGGUGCUUUUGCCAGUUAAACUAUCCUUUACUUUUUCUUUAUAAUCAAGCAAUUCUUUUUGUGAUGCAAUGUAUUUUGUGGAUAAGGAGAGUUAAUAAUGUUGAUUUGUGAUUUCUAAGCCAAUUUUCCCAACGAUUUUCUUGCUAGUCUACUAUUGGACUUUUUUGCACUGUUAAAACAUAAUUUGAUUAUGAUAUACAUAAAUAGGAGGAAACAAAUAUUGUUACUUUAGAUUGAGUGUCUUCCAAAAUGGUUGACUGGUGUGUCCUCCAAGAUGGUUGACUGUUUCUUGAUUGCACUGAGAAGAGGAUCAGUCAAUUUCAACAGAACAUUCAACAAUAGACAUUUCGCUAAGCCCCGCCCCUUGGAUAUUGUUGCUACGGUCCCACAAACAUGUGCAUUUGUGGGACAAGACAUGUGUUUUGUGGUACACGCAUGUAUUCCUCGCCCUGUCCUUAUUUGGUCAGUAGUUAAAUUUGAUUGACAUUGCGGAAAGGUCGAUUAUAGACUAAUGAUCUAUUCUGUUGAAAUUUACAUUUGUAUAUGAUUUCAACAAAUUUACUUUGAUAAAUGUAUCCAAUAUAUGAUGUUUUUUUUUUCAACAUUGAGCAGAAAUCAGACAAAAAUCUAAAAAUAUAGAAGGCUUCAUUUCUAAUAGUCAAUUUGUUUAUGUGAUGGUAUCCAUAGCAGUACUGAAAAUGUUUAGAGUAAUAAUUUUUGUUACAAAUGCAUAAUAUUUCUGUAGAUGGUUAUGCAAUUUGGGACCAAACACCAAAAAAAAAAGAAAAAAACUAGUGAAUUUCUAAAAUAAUGUUUGUGUUUGCUGAGACAUUGAAAUUCAUUUUUGGUCUGUGUUUAUCCCAUCUAGCUGUUGAUGCAGCUAUUUUCUGAGUGUUUGAAUGACUGACUCAACAUUUACACUAAAAGCAAAAGCCUCAUUUAAAAGGUUGAGAAAACCAAAGAAUAAAAAUGAGGAUAAUUUGAUAUUUUUGCAAAGUGGAAAAAUACCUGAAGUAUUUUUAAUUAAUUUAGAGAACAUUAUAAGAAUUCAUUAUAUAUUACAAUUAUUUUCAUAGAAAUUUUAAUUUCUGUAGGCCAUGUUUUCACAGCACCAAAAUGAACAAAUUCUUUUGUUACAGAUCAGGGUGGUCUAAAUAUGUCAAUAUUAUUAGAGGAUUAAAAAUUGAAUACUUAGAUUUAUAGUAAUGAUUUGUAAUGAUCCUAUGAGGAAAUUUUGGGUUACAAUUAACUUUAAGAAGUGAUUGCUAACAUAUAGGUAUCCAUCUACAUUUGCUAGCCAAUCAAAUGAGUUAUUAAUGGUUAGAAUUGUGACAUAGUGCUGCUCAUUGACAAACAUAUAAAAUAGAAAUAUUAGAUUAAAUGACUAAAAUUUAUUUUAUUUUUUAAGAAGUAAUUAGCUUUCACCAUGAAAUCAAAGCAUUUGUAUUUUAUUGAUUAAUGUUGUUUACCUAUUAGGAGCAAAGCUACAAUUACCUGUUCAUAUUUUCUUAACAUUUAUUGAGUAUAUUUUUAGACAACAAUAUGUAACUUUUCUUUAAUCUUGUUUAAAGUACAGCAAUGUACAUAAAGAAAAAAGAAUAGUUGUGAUGUCGCACCACAAAAUGAGAUGCAUCGUUGGUAAGAUCAUAUUGAGAUUAUCACUAAAAUAUGUACAGGUUUGGGAUGGAUCCAGAGGAGGCACCAAUUCAUUGUAGGUACUUAAAAAGAUUGUUCAGUAUAUGCUGUUACAAUUUAUAUUAGUCAAAAGGUGGCAAAACCGGGGGACGUUUCCCCUCCCUUAAUCCGCCCCUGCAAGUUAUUUAAGAUUAAUUUUCUCAAACCCAAGUUACCAUAUACUGUAUUUAAACUUCAGUUCAUUUAUCCUAGGAAACCCAUUCAAAGUUUGAAUUAAAGCUCAUAGUGUGAUAUAUCCAAAUAUGCAGUUUUCUAACCAUGUGACUUUGUGGUGAGAACUCACAACUUAUAUGUGAGAUUUGGAAUGUAGUGAGAUAAUAUUCCACAUUCUAAAAGAAACUUACAAAUUUUGUCAUCAAUGCUUAGCUUCUCCAUCAAAUAAUUACUGAAUCAUGAUUUGAAAAAUUGAUUCAGUGCACAUGCUUUUAUUACAGGUGUAGAGAUGUUUUUGUUUGUGAGUAAUUUUAACAGAGGAUGAAAAUCUGUUACAAUAAUGUGAAGAGUAAUAAUAAUAAAGAUUUCUGAUAAACCACGAAAUGUAACAUUUUUGGUAAUAAUGAAUUGUACAUCAAAAAUUAUAUAUAUUUAAAGAGUAAAGCAUUGAUGAUUAGAAUUUGGAGUUUAUGGGAAAGAAGCAAUUGUAAAUCACAAUUUUGUAUCAAAUAAUAAUUGUUCUAACCAUUAAUUUUUUUUAUAUUAAGUUAAAAUAUCUGAUUCCAUUAGGUUAUAGAAAGUUAUAUUUGAAAGUCUUCAUUGCUUUGAGUAAUAUAGUGUAUAUGCAAAGGUGGAGUGGGCCUACCACAUUUGGGUCAAAGUUGAAAUACAAUUCAUCAGCUUUUUCAAUUAUUUUGUUAAGUCAAUUAAUAGUUUCUAUACACCAAUUAAUUAAUUGGAUGCACAUUUGGCACACUCCUGUGUUCUGCACCAUCUUAAUUUUAAAUGCAAUACCAUACAUCGGUAAUUAUAAAGAAUAGUUAUAAACUAAAUUUUAAGUUUUUCAGUCAAAGUGCAUAUUAUAGUUCUGCAGCAAAUUAAUAGGCCUAUUUAUUUUUGGUUUAGUUUUUAACAUGUAUUAUUGUUUUGUAUUGAGAGUUUCAAUUGAACAGUUCCAGCUAUAUGGGCCACCAUCACAGAAUAUUCUUGAAACUAAAUAAAUGAAUAAUAUGGUACUACUGUACAUACGGCCAGAAGUUGUCAGUGGUGGAUCCUGGAUUUUGAAUGGGUCCAAAAAGUCAAUUUUUCAGAUGGAUUACUAGACUACCUCAGCCCCAACAUGCUUGGAGCUGAGAUUUAAAAUGUUAUGUUUAUGGCACCACUAUGGCCAGAAAUGGCACUCUCAGACUGAAAAUUUAAAAGGGGAUCUCAGGCCAGUGGAUCCCACUUUGACUCGUUCUGUGGUUGUAGCUUGAAUGAGAUUACAUUCUAUAUCCCAGCCUAUCGCAGGAUGUGUGAAAACGCUCUGCUGAGCCUGCAGCAGUCACCUAUAGUGAAUUGUUAUGGUCUAACAGACUAAUGUUUAAAAAGAAUCAUUACAUUACAAAAUACAUGUAUCACUUCAUAGCAUAUCUUUAUUUCCUUUUUUUCUGUAGCAUUCUCUUGGUGCUUGAUUUUAUGUCUGCUAUUUGUAAUCAGCAUUUGUAGUUUCAAAUUUCCAAUAAAUAAGCCUAUUAAUUUGUUAUAUCAGCAGAAAUAUAUCAAGGUUUAGGCCCUAUUUAUAAUUUUGGCAUUUUUACACAAUAAGUUACUAGACUUGUAAAGCAAUGUUUUAUAACUUCUUCGUCAAAUAGAAAUUUGCAUAGCAAUGCGGAAUAAAUCAUAUAAGCUA